AUGACGGACAGAAAAAGUAGGUCUACUCCAUUUAUGAAACAAUGCCUGGUGACUGCAGCAGUCGGCAUCAACAUGAUCGGCUGCGGCGCCUUCUUUGGCUUCCCAGGGAUCCUGUUGCCACAGCUACAGGGCCCAGGGUCGCUCAUCAGAAUGACUGAGAACCAGGCAUCUUGGCUAGCUUCUGUGGGGUCAAUUCCCAUGAUCUUCGGCAACUUCCUGGUCCCAUCGAUAAUGACGCGCGCAGGACGCAAAGUGGCGAUCUACUGUGUGAUCCUGAUCCUGAUCCUGAGCUGGUUCACACUCAGUCUGGCUACUAGCUAUGAGGUAGGCCCGGGAUGGGAUGGCUAUCCCUGA